UCAUGGUCAAGCGUCUCAUAAUUAAAUUGAUAAUUGAAGUCGGUUCUACUGUAGCCAAGUCUUUUGUUAAAGCAUAUUAAUAAAGUGCAAAAUGUAUAAAGUUAAUAAUUAGAUUAGAAUCAGGAGGAAAAGCAGGAAAUCCAUUUACAGAAUUUUUGAAUCAAACUAUGUAAGCUGCAAAUCUAACUCAUAAGCCUAUGACAAGAGAAGAAGCAUUUAAGAUACUACAAUUAGUUCCAGAAAAAACAAGUCCAGAGGAUAUUAUCAGAGUAUAUAGAAGGAUUAUAAUUUGUAGGUUUAUUGGAGAUAAUUCCAUAAGAAUGAUCCUGUGAAGGGAGGAUCAUUCUAUCUUCAAUCAAUGUUACACAAUGCAAAAUGUGAAUUAAUGAAAGACUUUGCAGAUAUUAAUGAGAAGGAAAUCUUAGACAAGAUCAAAAAAGAAGGAGAAAGUUAGAAAGGAGAUGAAGAAGGGUAGAAGGAUGAAGCAAAAGUAGAAGAGAAAAAUGAAGAAAAGAAGGAAAAUUGAA